CUCUUCCCCUCCCCGACCCCUGCGGCGCUCCCCGAGGUUGGACACGGGAGACAAAACCCGGCGGCGCGGAGGACUAUGAAUGGUGGAAGCGGCGAGGAGGCGGUGUGCCUUUGUAGUCGGGGGAGGAAUGCGGAAAUGUCCCCGCUCCGUGUCAGACCUCUCUGAAGGGGGUCAGGCCACAUUCAGCCGGCGUGGGAAAGCCAGGCGGAGACGGAGCUCACACGGACGAGCUGCUCGGGGAUAUAUGGAAGAAAAGACGGGGGGGAAAUCUAAAGAGGAGCGUGGCUUCGGAGAGCUUGUAUCACGCGUUCGCCUUUUGUCCCGCGUACCCCACACUCGCCCCCCCCCGUCCCCGCCACUUGUAGCGGGUGUGUGUGUGCGCUUAGUACCACCCUCCUCCUCCGCCUCUUCGAGUGUCCCUGCCCGGGCGGCCUGCACUUUUUUUUUUGGUCGGGGAUGGGGGGUUAGUCGGAGCACUACCUGUGUGGCCCCCGCAUGGAGGACAGUGGACACAGAUGCGUUUGAGACACCGCUUUUUUUGUCGGAGACGCCAGUUGCCUCCUCACGUGUAGCGGACACGACACUUUAUUGACAACCACAAAAUGAGGCAUGGCGACGGACAACUUCGUUCUCUGACCAUGGCUUGGUGAGGAAGAUUGGCUCCGUCACCCUCGCUGGGAAUCCCCCUGCAUUAUAUUUUUCGACGAGGGAAAAGAAAUCAGAAAAAAAAAUGGACAAAGAAGCCGUCGGUACGCAGUACGAGCCCGUGGCCGAGAUCGGAGAAGGAGCCUACGGGAAAGUGUACAAGGCGAGAGAUUUGAAGAACGGGGGACGCUUCGUGGCCCUGAAAAAAGUUCGCGUUCAGACGGAGGAAGAGGGGAUGCCGCUCUCCACCAUCCGGGAGGUGGCGGUACUGAGGCAGCUUGAGGCCUUUGAGCAUCCCAAUGUUGUCAGGCUAUUUGAUGUGUGUACAGUGUCUCGGACUAACCGUGAAACCAAACUCACACUGGUCUUUGAGCACGUGGACCAAGACCUGACCACCUACCUUGAGAAGGCCCCUGAUCCCGGCGUACCGCCAGAAACCAUUAAGGAUAUGAUGUAUCAGCUGCUCCAGGGGCUGGACUUCCUGCACUCGCACCGCGUGGUCCACCGUGACCUGAAGCCCCAAAAUAUCCUGGUCACCAGCACAGGGCAGAUCAAACUGGCCGACUUUGGCCUGGCCCGCAUCUACAGCUUCCAAAUGGCGCUGACCUCUGUGGUGGUGACUCUGUGGUACCGAGCUCCAGAAGUGCUGCUGCAGUCCAGUUACGCCACCCCGGUGGACCUGUGGAGCGUGGGCUGCAUCUUUGCUGAGAUGUUCAGGAGAAGACCUCUGUUCCGCGGUAACUCAGAUGUUGAUCAGCUGGGUAAAAUCUUUGACGUGGUCGGGGUGCCGUCGGCAGAGGACUGGCCCCAGGAGGUGGCCCUACCACAGAGUGCCUUCUCCCCACGACCUGCUAAGCCAAUAGAAGACUUGGUUCCCGACAUCGACGAGCAAGGGCGGGCCCUCCUAUUGCAAUUCCUGGCCUUCAACCCCUCCAGGAGGAUAUCUGCCUUCGUUGCACUUACCCACCCGUACUUCCAGAGCGUGGGCAGCCGGAGUAGGAGCGUGUACGCCGCGCAGCCCAUCCCCACCAGCAAACCCACUAUUGAGGAGAGGACUGCCUGAGAGUCCUCCCAAGUAUUCAUCCAGCCACUCUUUGAUCUUAAUCAUGCCUAACUGUUAAAAACCAGCUCUCUCCUUUUUUUGCUGCCAGCACAUCAAAAAAAAAAAAAACACUGGUAAAGUGGGUUGAAUGGAAGUAUAAAAACACAAAAUGAUGCAAGCUUUUCCCCCCGCACCUUUGCCUACAAUCGCAUUAUUUCGUCUUUUGUAUUCGUACGCAGACUAAAACAUGAAAGAUCGGGUGGCAGCGCUAGGAAUGAGUACCUCCGCCCCCGGGAAUGCACGGAAAAGCUCUCCUCCUUCCAUGAACUGAUGGAUUGAAAAUUGCUGCUUUUUUUUUUUUUUAAAGUUGGAUUGACUACAUUAUCAAUGCAAAGACUGGGACUAAUCAAGUGAAGCGGUCCUGGACGUUCAACGUGGAUCUGACGAGUGUGUGCACUGAUGCUCCUGACCGCACAAAAACCAUGCCAAUUCUUUUACUGCCACCCAGAGGACACGCUCAGCAACUGCAGACCAGUAGCAGGAUUCUAAUGGUUUUUGCAACUCUGGCAGGGCAAAGCAGGACCAGUUCUUGCCACUCCCUUCACAUGCCAGUUAUACUCGUGAAUCAUUUCUCGAAAAAGCUUGGCUCGUUUAGCACCGUUCAUCAAUACUUGGAUGUUUACUACCGAUAUUCUGCCUUUUUUUAUUUUAUUGACAAGUCUUAUAUGCAUUUUUUUUUUUAUCGAGGCAUGGUGUUCUUUUACGAACCUGUGUGAAGGGGGUGGGAACCUUCGGGCACCUGCCGAUUUGAUACGAUUCCGACUCCCCGGGGGUGACCACCGUAUUUUUCGGAGUAUAAGUCGCACCGGCCGAAAAUGCAUAAUAAAGAAGGAAAAAAACAUCUAUAAAAAAAGUACCAGGAUUCGGUACCCAUCCCCAUACGUGAUGCUCCUUUAGUCGCAAUUUACAAACCCUGUUUCCAUAUGAGUUGGGAAAUUGUGUUGGAU